AUGAACACAAGGACGGCGGCUCGACUACACCGUCUAGACGCAGCAGAGGAGGCAAAGGGCAGCAGAGGAGGCAAAGGGCAGCAGAACAAAGGGAAGGCCAAAACCAAAAGACCGACACAUUUCAUUUGUCUGCCGCUGGUCACAGAAUCGUCGAUCCCACAAUUAUCAGAGUCAUUAGCUCAUUUUCGAUCCGUGACUACACCUCUCCUCGACGCCAACACCACGGGCAGGAAUGAUGCUGCAGGAAGAAAUCCCGAGCCUGAAGGCAGCUCUGCAACCGGGCUGAGAAGUACUAAUACUAGUACUCGUCCAGAAGCCGGAGUUGGGCCCGGCUCGAACGGUGGAGGUACUAGUAUAAGACGAGAUGAAACCCUCCGGCUUGUCCCUGCCGGCGCACACCGUCCGCCAGGAACGUUCCACCUCACGCUUGGCACAAUGGAUCUGAGCGAGCAGGAGGACAUGGAUAUCGCUUUGCGGUUGUUGCAGGAUAUCGACUACGUACAACUGCUGGGCGACGCGGAAAGGCAGAGGGACGAGUUGCUUCGCGACAAACCAGAGCGACGUGCCAAACGGGGUGAGACUCCCACCGCAACGGACCCCUGUGAAGGACAGGACCCGGUCGAGGAACAGGGUGAGAUUGAGGAAGAAGGCGAAAACCAUGACAGAGAAGACAAGGUCGAAGCCGAUCUUGAAGUCGAAUCUGGGACGGAAAGCGGAGGCCAGCGCGAAGGAAAGGGGAUAUUGCAGGCAGCGAAGGAGGCUAUCAAGGCGCCGUUGCAAUCCCUGGCACGGUCGAUCUCGCCGCCACCACUAUCCGGCUCAACAACACUCUCAACUGCUCAAUCGGCCUCUGCAUCUACACCUGCGGUUUCAGUUUCAGGUCCACUUUCAGGACAGGAACAGCAGCACGAUUGCCACCUCGCAACAUCUUUGACCAUCACCCUCUCCGGCCUAGGCACGUUCCCGAGCGCAAGCAGCAGCCGCGUGUUCUACGCCAAUCCUCAGGAUCCCACUUCCCGACUCCUGCCGUUUGGCAGACUCGUCCGUCAGCGGUUCCAAGACGCGGGACUGGUCACGGAGACGAGGCCAUUAGUGUUGCACGCGACCGUGGCGAAUCUGAUUUAUGAUAAGACGAAGAAGGGCAAAGGGAAAGGGAGGUACGGAAAAGGAGCUUGUGGAGGGGGAGGGAUGGGUGUCGAUGCCAGGGAUAUACUCCGGUUUUUCAACGAUGGGAGGGCGGUCAGACACAGGGAAGAAGCAUUACAGAUGGGAAGAAGGACGGAAGACACUGCGAAAAUUCUCGCCAGAGACGAGGCGGCAGCUGGGAAGGCGCGCGAGGCUGAGGAGAAGGAGGUGGAUGUGGAGGAUGAGCAUCUCCAGCAGCACAAGAUCGAGGCCAAUGACGAGGGCCGUGGUGACUCCUCUUCAGGUUCGUCAGAUGCAAUGAACAAGAACGAGGCGUUGUCCGAAUAUAUAUGGGCAAGUGACAUCCCCGUCGACAGGAUCCGGAUCUGUAAGAUGGGCGCUGCGAAAUCUGACAUUGAGGGAUGGGGGUUGGAAUAUAAGGCUGUCGCGGAGAAAGUGUUCUAUCCCUGAUCCGAUCAAUCCUUACCUAGGUACGCUUUACUGAAAGAAGGACGACUUCAAAAGAAG